GUACUCGCCCACUCGGUUGUCCGGAUGAACCCCUCUGAAGACCCCUCCCACCCUUCCUCUUCUCUCUGUCGUUCCGUGUCAAAAAGCAGCAACCUGCGGUUGCCCUUCUUCUGCACUUGUCGUCUGCUGCUCGUCGGGGUAUCUCGGAGAUCGCCAUCGCCAUCGCCAUCGCCAUCGCCGUAGCUGUCGGCGGCAGGCUCGCCAUCGUCGGAGUUGUCAUCGUUGCCACCGCCUUCUUCUUCUUCGGCGUCGUCGUCGUAUUCGUGGCAGAUCUCGUUGUGGCACGAAAAAGGCGGUGUCCAUCGCAUUCCGAUCCCGAUCCCGGUGAAAGGCAAGGUUGUUGACGGUGGCGACGAAGACGAAUGGGGAUGGACGAUCAACCCAUAGCUGUCAUGCCCCCCUCCCCCUCCUCUCCUGUUGUCGGUUGGGAUCUCGAUGGGGCGAGCUUUAUCUCUCUUCUUGGCCGCUUGAUUGGUGAGGCCCGACAUCUUCAGAACAACCCUCCCGAGAAUAUCCCCAAGGAAGACAGGGUGGUUCGGCACGUGCUGGACGUGUUGUCGCCGUUGAGCGAGGAGAAUGGAGGGCCGCUGAGCGUGUGCCACGUGACGUACGUCGAGGGGCGCGGCAAUCUCAUCAUCGAGUACCCCGGUACCGAUCCCGAGCGCAUCGUGUCGUUCGUGGGCUGCCACAUGGACGUCGUGACAGCCAAUCCAGACCAGUGGGACUUUGAUCCAUUCUCUCUCUCGCAGGAGGUGGUAGAGGGAGGAGAGGGAGAGGAGAGUGAUGUGAAACUUCGUGGAAGGGGCACCACUGAUUGCCUGGGACACGUGGCACUCUUUACGGAGCUGUUCCGCUUCUUGGGGGAACACAAGCCGGCGCUGAAGACGACAGUUAUGGGGGUGUUCAUUGCCAACGAGGAGAAUUUUUCCAUCCUUGGGGUAGGGGUUGAUCAGCUGGCGAAAGAGGGGCAGUUAGAGAAGGUGAAAAGGGGUCCUGUUUAUUGGGUGGAUGCGGCCGACAAACAGCCCCUAAUUGGAACCGGAGGAAUGAUUGCCUGGAAGCUGAGGGGGAUAGGCAAGCUCUUUCACAGUGGAUUACCCCACAAGGCCAUCAACCCCAUGGAAAUGACGAUGGAGGCACUUAACGUUAUUCAAUCGAGAUUUUAUAAGGAUUUUGGACCCCAUCCUAAGGAAAAAGACUACGGGUUCGCCACCCCCUCGACCAUGAAACCCACCCAGUGGAGUUUCCCGGGAAGCAGCGUCAACCAGAUCCCGUCGGACUGUUCGAUCAGCGGGGAUUGCAGAAUCACGCCGUUCUACGACAUCAAGAAAGUUAUGGCCAAGAUAAGGGAGUACGUGGACGAUAUAAACGCGGACAUAGAGGGGCUGCCAUCUCGAGGACCUGCGUCAAAGUACACACUGCCCGCAGAGGAACUGAGGGGCAAAUUGGAGGUGUCGUUCGAAGAGUCCGCUGUGUCAGGAAUUGCUUGCAAUCUGUCGUCGGAGGGGUACAAAGCGCUCUGCACGGCCUCCAAAGAGGUGUUGGGAUCCCUGCAGCCAUUCUCCAUCACGGGCUCGCUGCCGCUUGUGCGUGAUCUGCAGGAGAGCGGGUUCGAUAUCCAGAUCAUGGGGUACGGAGUGCUGUCCACGUACCACGCGAGGAACGAGUACUGCCUUCUCAACGGCAUGAAACAGGGUUUCAAAAUUGCCGUGCGCAUCAUUGACAUCUUCGAGUCCAAGCCAUGAGCGCCAGGAGUGGGAAGGAGGCUGCGGACGGCUCUGUCUCUCUCGCUCUGCCCGUAUGUGUGUGUGUGUGUUGGUUGUGUAAGGGUCUGUGUGUGUGUGUGUGUGUGUGUGUGUGUGUGAGAGAGAGAGAGAGAGAGAGAGAGAGAGAGAGAGAGAGAGAGAGAGAGAGAGAGAGANGAGAGAGAGAGAGAGAGAGAGAGAGAGAGAGAGAGAGAGAGAGAGAGAGAGAGAGAGAGAGAGAGGAAGUAAGGGAGGCUGUGUUUUUUUCUUUUCUUCUGUGUUUCCUGAGAGGACUUAGGUUCAAUCUGUGGCGUUGGGCUCCUGGAGAUGGUUGUUUUGGGAAGUGGUGAAAAUUGUGAAAACCGACGAAUUCAAAUGUUGGUGAAAUUUCAUGAAAGUGCACUUUUGGCUUGCUGUUUUAUAUGGUUUUUUUUUUUUUGUUUGUUUUUUUUUUUUACAAUAUGUUAGUUAGAAGUGCACUCUACAGAUUGGUGUAAAGUAUGGUUAAAAUGACCCUUUGGUUUUCUUAUAAAUGACCGUGAAAAUUGGGGGGUCGGUUAACCUUCUCUCGCCGAAAUGGGCCCAGCGUGCCAUCAGAAAAAGACCAUGUCCGUUGUAUUAACUUGUAUCCAGCCGCUGCCCUCACUGCGUCCUCCUCCUCGCUUAGCAUAGAGACCGUCCCCACACAGCGCUGAUUGUUGCUGGAAAAAAAAAAAAAAAAAAAAAAAGGGAAGGGAGAGGGGAGGAGGACAAGUGAAGGGAAGGGAGAGAGGAAAGGGAAGGGAGGAAGAAGAAAAGGUGAUUUCUGCUAAAGGAGAAAGGUUAAAUAUCUGAGACCGUACUCACGCUAGCCCACUUUCCGGGAUGGAUCUGGCUCCAAUCACAACUGCCAACAGUUGUAUCUGCCAGCAAUUACGGUCAGAGCUGAGUCAAAAAAGUCCUAGUGUGAAUCUGCCCUGAGCCGAGAUUUCCACGUU